UAUUAUCAACAUAAACCUGCGCAUGCGCAAAAACAAACUUUAAUCACAAUGAAAAUAGUAAUGUUUUUGUAAUUGAAUUCAUUUGAUUUCAGAUAGAAUCAUACAGGACAUUCAAAUCAGUCAGAUUUUAGAUUAUAUGAUGACACAUUUGGUGAUAUCAUCAGAUGACAGACGUCGCAUUGGGCAGCAUACUGGACAAGACGAUCAGAAUAAAGCUUUGCUUCGGGAAGUAAUUAAAAGCGGGGAACCUACGUAUACUGUGUUUGUUGAUGCACUACGAACAAGUGGAUACACAGAUCUAGCUAAUGAACUAAAAAGUGAUGGACGGGCAGAAGGCUCAAGUGCAGCUAUAGUACAAACUGGAAGCAUAGAAAAUAAAGGGUUGUCAGAAUGGACAGUUCCGGUGUAUAAAGUUCGUCUUCAAAAGAACUAUUCAAAGAUCAUUGACAGCAUACAUCAUGAGACAAUAGUUGAUCAUCUGAUAUCACGUGAUGUGUUGACUAUAGCUGAUAGUCAAAUGAUAAAUGCUUAUCCAGCACAAAUACAAAAGAACAGGAAAUUAAUGGACAUACUUUUACAUGGAAGUGAACAUGCGUUUAUCGAAUUUCUCAAAGCUCUACGAGAAGACUUUGAAUAUACAGAACUGGCUGAUGAAAUAGAAAACACAACAGUUGCUAGCAGAGAUAUAUCAACCAUUAAGAGUUGCUUUAAAUGAACGAAUAAACUCA